AUGCGUAUAAAUCAGCUUAUGGGCAUACGUAAUUCCAGAAGAACAACGAUAGAGGUUGGAGCUGAUGGAGUUGCUCUCAUGGUCACCAUCAUCAAUCCUCCUGUCAAUUCUCUGUCUCAUGAGGUUAUAAGGAGCCUAAAAGAGAAUUAUGACCAAGCCUUACGCACAAAUGAUGUGAAGGCAAUUGUUGUUAAGGGAGCCAAGGGUAAGUUUUGUGGUGGCUUUGACAUUUCAAGUUUUCCCGGAGCUCCAGGAGGAAUUCGUAUGUUUUCCGUUUCGCAUAUGUCGGUUGAAGCUAUGUCAAUAGAUGUUCUAACUGACACUGUAGAGGCUACAAGAAAACCUUCAGUUGCUUCCAUUGAGAGAUUUGCCUUGGGUGGAGGAUUAGAGGUUGCAAUGGUCAGCCGCGCACAGAUAUCUACCCCUAGUGCACGGUUAGGCCUUCCUCAACUUUCACUAGGAAUUAUUCCUGGAUUUGGAGGUAUAACAUAGCGACUUCCAUGCCUUGUUGGUAUUACGAAGUUCCUUGAAAUGAUGUUGACUUCGAAACUGGUUAAAGGGGAUGAAGCUUAUGAUUUUGGUCUCGUAGAUGUCAUUGUUGCAGCUGAUCAAUUGAUAAGCACUGCACGUCAAUGGGCCCUGGAUAUCUUCGACCAUAGAAAACCAUGGGUUUCUACUCUUUACAGGACUAAUAAGUUAGAGCCCCUCGGGAAGGCAAGGAAAAUAUUCAAGUUUGCAAGGACUCAGGCCAGGAAGCAGGCUCCGAAUCUCGAACAUCCAAUAGUGUGCAUUAAUGCUGUUGAAGAGGGUGUGAUUUCUGGUCCUCGGGUUGGACUCUUGAAGGAAGUUAAAGUUUUUGACUUACUUGCAAAAUUUGACACCAACAAAAGUUUGGUUCAUAUCUUCUUUGCUCAACGUGCAACCUCAAAGGUUCCUGGGGUAACUGAUCUUGGUUUGAUGCCACGAUGACUGAAUAAGGUUGCAAUUCUUGGUGGAGGAUUAAUGGGCUCUGGAAUAGCAACUGCAUUGAUUCUUAGUGAUUAUCUUGUGGUUUUGAAAGAAGUAAAUGAGAAGUUCUUGGAGGUUAGGAUCAAUAAAGUCAGAGCCAAUCUACAAAACCGUAUCAAAAAAGGAAAAAUGACUAAGGAAAAGUUUGAUAAGACCAUGUUUCUCCUUAAGGGUGCUUUGGACUAUUAGAGCUUCAAAGAUGUUGAUAUGGUCAUUGAGGCUGUUAUUGAAAAUGUUUCUUUGAGGCAACAAAUUUUUUCUGAUCUUGAAAAAUAUUGUCUAUCGCAUUGCAUACUUGCAAGUAACACCUCCACAAUUGACUUGAAUUUGAUCGAUGAGCGCACCAAGUCCCAGGAUCGGAUUGUUGGAGCCCAUUUCUUCAGUCCGGCUCAUAUCAUGCCACUCUUGGAAAUAGUUCGUACCAAUAAGACUUCUCCACAAGUGAUUGUGGACUUACUUGAUAUUGGUAAAAAGAUAAAGAAGACUUCAGUUGUAGUUGGUAAUUGCACAGGCUUUGUUGUCAACAUGAUGGUCUUCCCUUACACACAAGCUAUUUUUUUGCUUGUUGAAUGUGGAACAGAUCCUUAUUUGAUUGAUCCUUAUCUGAUUGAUAGAGAAAUUACCAAAUUUGGAAUGCCAAUGGGUCCUUUCAGAUUGGCUGACCUUGUUGGUUUUGGAGUGGUAAUUAUUGAGUUUGUUAAGAAACAAGUUGACAGAGGAGAAGCUAAGCUAGCAAAAUUUGUUACGCUAAGCUGGAAAUUAAUGGCAACUGAAGGAAAUGACAACAUCUCAAUUGGAACUGGAUCUCAAAGUAAUCAAAGUUCAUCGACGGUGGACUUCAGUCAUCCCUUGUACUUGCACUCCUCGGAUACUCCAGGAACUCAAUCUUCAGUCAAUCAUGUUUCAGCUCCAUCUACUGAUCAUGCUGAGCCUAACAAUUCAGGACCUGCUGCAGCUCCAUUGUUCUCUAAGGAACAGUAUGCAGAGAUCCUCAAACUCUUGAACAAAGACUCAACUACUUCUACAUCAGAUGGAAUGGUGAACAUGGACCUCUUCAGUGGGAAGGUAAAGGGGAUUGGUAAAAAAGAUGAAGGUUUAUAUUUCUUACUGCCUUUCAAACACCAUACAUCACUAGUUGUGCCUCAACCUCUCUCAAGGAUUCUCCCUGCUAUUACUAAGAAUCAUUUUUCUGCUUCUAUCAAAGUCAUUCGAUCAGACAAUAGGGGAGAAUUUUUUAAUACUGCUUGUGCUGAGUUGUUUACAUCCUUGGGCAUUAUUCAUCAAAGAUCUUGCACCUACACACCCCAACAGAAUGGAGUGGUAGAACGCAAGCACAGACAUCUGUUGGACAUAGCUAGAUCUUUGAAGAUCCAAGCUGGAAUUCUACUUCAUUACUGGGGUGACUGCAUUCUCACUGCAUGUUACUUAGUAAACAGGAUAUCAUCUCUUGUUUUAAACAACAAAUCUCCUUAUGAAAUGCUACAUGGAAUUCCACCACUAAUUACUCAUCUUCGAGUGUUUGGUUGCCUUAGUUAUGCAACUCAUUUCACAUCAACAGACAAAUUUGCACAGAAAGCCAUUCCAUCAAUUUUCAUGGGGUACUCAGCAACUCAAAAAGGAUAUAGGCUACUGAAUUUGAAGACUCACAUGUUCUUUAUAAGUAGAGAUGUGAAGUUUGUUGAGCAUACUUCUUCACCUGAUAAUUCACCUAUGCCACCUGAUCCAUCUGAGUCUGCACCUCUCAUUGGUUUUUCUCAUACAUCAUCAUCUCCUAUAUCACCUCCAGUCUUUAGAGGAUCCUCUAGGACUGUUAAACCCCCUAUUUGGCUCACUGAUUAUAUCUCUCCUGCUGCUCAUUAUGCAAUCACCAACUAUGCUUCUUACAAGCAUCUUAAACCUUCAUAUCACUGUUUUCUCACAGCUAUCUCUCAAAUACAUGAGCCCACUACUUAUGAAGAGGUUGUCAAGGAUCCCAAUUGGGUAGCUGCAAUGCAGGCAGAGAUAGAUGCCUUAGAGGCUAACGAGACAUGGACCUUGGUUCCUCUUCCACCAGAUGAUCUUCUAAUCACUGGGAAUGAUCAGAAAAUGCUAUUAGACUUGAAAAAUGUUCUACAAAGGAGCUUCAAGAUAAAAGAUCUUGGUGAGUUGAAGUACUUCCUUGGCAUUGAGAUUGCUAGAUCAAAGGAAGGGUUGAUUAUGAGUCAGAGGAAAUUGCUUUAUUUGACCAUGACAAGGCCUGACAUAGCUUUUUCAGUUCAAACACUUAGUCAAUACAUGCAUGCACCUAAGGAGUCUCACUUAGAAGCAGCAUUAAGAGUUGUCAGGUAUAUUAAACAAAGUCCUGGUCUUGGUUUGUUAAAGCCCUCAAGUAGUGAAAUGAAACUUAUUGCAUAUUGCGAUUCUGAUUGGGGAGCUUAUCAAAUGAGUAGAAAAUCAGUAAGUGGGUAUUGUGUCAAGCUUGGAGAGUCUCUUAUAUCAUGGAAGUCAAAAAAACAGAGUACCAUAGCCAGAUCAUCUACUGAAGUAGAAUACAGAAGCAUGGCAGCAUGUGUAUCUGAGAUAAUUUGGCUACUUGGUUUGAUUGAUGAAUUAGGAGUAGAAGGAAUGAAGCCUGUGAUGCUAUAUUGUGAUAACAAAGCUGCAUUUACAAAUAGCAACCAAUCCAAUCAAGGAGUUAUACGCACAGAGUAUAUUGCAACCGGAAAUCAGAUUGCAGACAUUUUGACUAAAGGUUUAGGUGUACAACAGCAUGAGAAAUUGAUGGCCAAGCUUGUAAUUGCAACCGGCAUGCAACUUGUUGAGAAUUUUCCUGAAAGAACCUAUAGAUCAAUGAUUAUUCCAAUCAUGCAAGAGGAUAAGAGAGCAGGUGAAGCCACCCGCAAAGGAUUCUACUUGUAUGAUGAUAAAGGCAAAGCUAGACCAGAUCCUGAAUUAAAGAAAUACAUUGAGAAGGCUCGGAGUGUUUCCAGUGUUGCCGUUGACCCAAAGUUUUCUAAAUUAUCAGAGAAGGACAUUGUGGAGAUGAUAUUCUUCCCCGUGGUUAAUGAGGCCUGUCAAGUCUUUGCCGAAGGUAUUGCAGUUAAAGCUGCUGACCUUGAUGUUGCUGCUGUUAUGGGUAUGGGCUUUCCACCUUACAGGGGAGGAAUCAUGUUUUGGGCGGACUCUAUAGGAUCCAAAUAAUUGGAGGAAUGGUCAAAGCUGUAUGGAGAAUUUUUCAAGCCUUGUGCCUUCUUGGCUGAAAGAACAUCAAAGGGGGCUCCUCUGAGUGCGCCUGUGGAACAAACCAAAUCAAAAUUAUAAGCCUUACUAGCUCGUCGUGGUGGGCAUUGGUUCGAUCUUUGUUGCUUGCAUGAUCUCUUCCCAACUCCGGAGAUGCAUUAUAUAGUUCUGGAGGAGCCAAAUAAUGUUUGAGA